AUGGCACUCACUCCUCCUCACCCUUCCUCCUCACCGUCCCCGGCCAGAGCAGCCACCACCGCCAACAACCAUAAUGGCGGCAUGAGUUUACCAUCUACCCUGCGAGGGGCUCUGAUCAUGACCAUGUUUGUAGUGGUGAUUAUCCAACUGCAUCUUUCGUUGGACAAGUUUUAUUCGCAAUCGUCCUUGCCCUGUCCCACCGGAUUGGAAGGCUUUCAUGCUCCAUUGGUCGUCUUGAGCAAUGCCAGUAUUACUACCGAAGCGGCAAUACGAUUACGCAACAGCAAGGAGUUUUCUCGCGAUUGGAAUGUUCCCACGCCACUAGAACAGAAUGGGAGGCAUCAAACAGGGUCCAAGUUAUUGCCAGAGAUUAAUGCCCAAGGCAUGAUUAUAUUCUACUUACACAUUCCCAAAACUGGCGGGACGACCAUCAUGGAACCCUUUGAGAAAAAUCCUCAUUGGAGGUAUCGCAUGGUCUAUGGCUGGAACAAACAGGACAAGUAUCGUCAAGAAAUGUACCAAACAUUGGAAGAUUGGAAGCCAGGAAUGAAAAUCUUUUACGAAUAUCAUGCUGGAUUGAGUUCGCCCUACAUGGAUUUGACUGUUCGAGAAGAUCUCUUGAAAUGGCGUGCCAUGGCCCAAGUCCGCAAAAUCCCCUUCUUUGCGUUCACCGUAAUUCGCGAACCACUCUCCUUUGCCGUUUCUCAUUUCAAUUACUACUAUGCCUCGCGCAAAAAGGGAGACAUGCGAUACUUUUUUGUCCCGAAUCCCACCGAAGACGACUUUAUCCGAUUGACAUUACCCAAUCCACAAUGCCUCUUUUGCGUUCACACCGAAGAAGCCUACUAUCAAAGCUAUCGCGAACAGGGAAAACCCAUUGACGUACCCAAAGAAGGAUGUGAAGCCGUCUACGAAUCCUUCGCCACCGAACUCGAUUGGGUCGGAACCACCGAAGGACUCUCCAUGGAAACAUUUCCCCUUAUCGAACAUGUCGCCCACGUACGAUUCCAUCGAUCCAAAGUCAAGAAUAAAAGUCACGACAAAAUUGUCAAGAAUCAACUCUUGAAUUCCACCGUGGCAUACGUCCGAUCCAUUACUCAGUACGAUAUGGACAUGUACCAGCGAGCCCAAACCGAUUUCCCCAUUACCAUGUGGGCCAAUUUUGAAGGACCGCACAAAACACGACCACCACACAAUCACACCAAUCUACACAUGGCACACUUUGAUACACCCGAUUUAUUGGGACAAGCAACACGCAAACGAGAACGGGAAGAAAAGUUGCGAAUGAAAAAAGAAAAGAAACAAAAGAAGAAACAAGUAGUGGCACAAGAGUAG